AUAAAACAUAUAAAUCUAUAGAGGUGAGUGAUGUGGAUAGAUUUAAUUCUUAAAAAUAAAAAAUAAAAAAUAAAAAAUAAAAAAAUAAUGUAUUAUCGAAUUGGACUACAUCUAUGGUACAAGGGGAACUAAAUUAGAAAUUUGACCUACUAAAAUAAAAAGGCGUGGACAAAAUUUAUAUUCCAUCGUGCCGUGUUUGAACGCUCCACCAUUUUGUCUGACAUAAUGUCAAACACAGCAAAAAAUUUCCACACGAUUCAUUGAACUUCAAAAUUUUCCUCUUAAUUUCUGUAUUUUAUUGAUCGCUCCCUCGAAAUUGAUAAAUUAAUCAAGCCAAGAAACAAUUUUCUACAUAUCUAAAUCGAAGCUCUGUGUAUAAAUUGAAAUUCUCACGGAUUCGAAACAAUACCGAUUCGAAGGUUGCAACAAUGGCGGACAAGUACGAGAAGGAAAAUUUGGCCGAAAAAUACCUAGAAGCGAGGCCGAGAUCUUACCCCGCCGGCUGGUACUCUAAACUCGCUGCUCUCACCGCCGGCCACUCCCUCGCCUGCGACUUCGGCACCGGCAACGGCCAAGCAGCUCUCGGCAUUGCAGAGCAUUACGAGAAAGUAAUCGGAAUCGAUGUAAGCAAAGCGCAAUUAGAAUGCGCAAUGAAGCACAAAAGAGUUCAAUACCUCCACUUACCAGCCUCGAUGAGCGAAGACGAGAUGGUGAAAUCAAUCGGCGCCGAGAACACCGUAGAUCUAAUCGUUUCCGCCGAAGCCGUGCACUGGUUCGAUCUGCCGAAAUUCUACGCCGUGGCCUCUCGUCUUCUCCGGAAACGCGGCGGAAUCAUCGCGGUUUGGGGAUAUUACUACAUAUCCUUGAACGAAGCGUUCGACGCUGCGAUGAUUCGAUUGACGGAAGCGACGCUGCCGUUUUGGGACGAGAAAGUGAAGGAAUACGUACUGAAAGGUUACAGAACGCUUCCGUUUCCGUUCGAGAGCGUGGGGAUAGGAUCGGAAGGGGCGCCGGAGGAAUUGGAGAUGGAGCAGGAAGUUUCGUUCGAAGGAUUGUUGAAGUAUUUGAAAUCGAUGGGGCCAGUGAUUGAGGCGAAGAAGAACGGCGUCCAUGUGAUGUGUGAAGAAAUGGUUAAGGAGCUGAGAGAUGCUUGGGGAGGAGGAGAUUUGGUUAGAACUGUCGUCUAUAAAUGCUUUAUGAUCGCCGGAAAAGUUAAAGCGUAGUGGAAUGCUUUAUGCUUUAUAAGCUCGGAUUUAAGAUGAUUUUUGCCAAAAUAAUAAUAAUAAUAAUGAUACAAAUGGAAGAAUAAUCAAGAAAGUGACACUGAUUUUUUUUUUUUUUUUAAAGUUUAAGUUGAAUUGUUGUAAUAGUUGAACAAUGCUAAUGUUAAUUUUUUUUUUAGAAAGAAAGUAUUCUAUUUAACUUCAA